AAGUGAACGAAAGGAGAGCACGUGGAUAAAUAAAGAUGAAGAUCCAAACGUCCAUCAGAACUCUGGCAUUCUUUGCACUGAUCUCAAUAUGCUGGGGUCACAUCGGCGGAGGUCAGAUGCCACUCCAAGAAGUCAACCCUCAAAUGUACUGCGGAAGAACCCUUGCGCGGGCUCUAGCUGUCCUCUGCUUCGAUGAUGGCGCAGUGGAAAAGAAAUCUGAUAUUGGAACUAUGUACAGGGCUAUUCUGUCACCAUACUACAAGGAGCAGGAGUCGAUGAACUGGCCGUGGCUGACACCUCACAAGGCGAGGGGUAUGGGGUUGCCAUCACGGGGGAAGAGAUACCAGGGCAUAGUCAGCGAGUGCUGUGACAAGCCAUGCAGCAUCAAUGAACUACUGACAUACUGCUAGGUUACUUAAAUAAUUAACAUAUAUUAAAAUUUUGACAUUUCUCCUUAUUUAUUUAUAAACUAGCUGUUACUCGCGAUUUCGUUUGAGCAGUUCUUUCAUAUUAAAAUAAAUAAAAUGUUUUAAACGAAAGUAGCGCAAGUUACU